AUGAAACCUUACGACACCGUUAUAGCAGACAUUAUUGCUGACAGUCAGGAAGUUGCGCAGCACCGAGAUGCGCUUGACCGCCGACAAUUCUUAACCCGGCUUGCUACUGGUGUUGGCGGGAUCGGUGGUGCAUUAGGCGCACUUCCGGCGUUCGCGCAGCUGAGUAGUGGGCAGUUACAGCCCGAUACCACGACAACAACACCCCUUACACCUGUCGUUGAGGCUGUCAGUGAAAACGUCUGGGAUGGUGAUCGGCUCGAUGAAGAUGCUGUCAGUGAACUGAUCGAUCAGGCGAUGAUGAAGUUCACUGGACGUGCUUCCGCGAAAGAGGCGUGGCGAGAUAUUGUCCUGCCUGAUGAUAUCGUCGGUAUAAAAAUCAACCCACUUGGCGGACCGGAACUCAGCACACAUCCUAUCAUCGUUGAUAAGAUCGUUGAGGGGUUAUACGGCGCGGGUGUCCUCAAAAAACAAAUUAUUAUCUGGGACCGGUUUGAAAGCCAUCUCUUAAACGCUGGGUAUCCUAUCAAGCAAGAUGAAGGCGAAGUGCAGACUAUUGCCUCUGACACAGAGGGUAUUGGGUAUGAUGACGAAGUGUUUUAUGAAAGCGGAAAAGACAGUGUUAACCGCAGGGAGAACGAAAGUACCCGCUCUCGGUAUUCCCAAAUCGUCACACAGCAAGUUGAUGUAUUGAUUAAUGUUCCCGUCUUGAAGCACCAUGAGAUGGCGGGGGUCAGCGGGUGUCUAAAGAACCUCGCGUUUGGCAGUGUUGAUAACACACGCCGGUUCCAUGCGAAACCGCUCUAUUGCAACCCGGCUAUCGCUGAGAUUCUGGAGCAUAGGGUCCUGAAAGAUAAACUUGCGCUCAAUAUCGUUGAUGGGUUGGUUGCAUCGUUUGACCGGGGACCCACAUAUCACGCCGAAAGCGCGUGGAAAUACGGCAGUCUCUUUGUCGGUGCAGAUCCGGUUAUUCUUGAUGUCCUUGUCCUUCAGACUAUCAACCAGAAGCGCGAAGAGAUGGAGUUGGGUUCUGUGUCUAAGUUAGCGAACCAUAUCAACACGGCGAGUGCGCUCGGUUUAGGCACAAAUACACUUGACCAAGCCGACCUUCAGAGAGUUGAGGUUUAA